CAAGGUCAAGGUCUUAAAUGUUGUUGCUGCAGUGUUAAAACAAAAAGUUGAAAAGGUUUUAAAGAAUGCGUUGUUGUGGAAAAGUGCUGACACAGGUCAAUCGUCAGUUUAUCAGAGGUUCAAGGACAUUUUUCACUGCUACUGUCAACAGUAUGCCUAUCAAGGAAGGAGAUAGAUUGCCAAACAUUGAAGUUUUGGAGAAGACCCCAAACACAAAAGUCAAUCUGGGAGACUUGUUUAAAGGCAAAAAAGGGGUUUUAUUUGGCGUUCCAGGAGCAUUUACUCCAGGUUGUUCAAAGACACAUCUUCCUGGUUAUGUUCAGAAUUUUGACAAACUGAAAGCCAAAGGCAUGGAUGUGGUUGCAUGUAUUGCAGUCAACGAUCCGUUUGUGAUGGAUGCCUGGGGAGAAAAUCAAGGAGCAAAUGGCAAAAUCCGAAUGUUGGCAGACUACAAAGGAGAAUUUGCAAAGGCAGCAGAUCUGGAGAAAGACCUCACAGGUGCACUGGGCAGCGUUCGUUGUAAAAGAUUUUCCAUGGUUGUAGAGGAUGGUGUUGUGAAGAAGCUCAAUGUGGAGCCAGAUGGGACAGGACUCACUUGCAGUUUGGCAGAUAAUGUUUUGUCCCAGCUGUAAACAUAUUCUCUCAACAGAUUCAAUAACAUGAACACCAAAAAACGCACAAAUUUUGUCUUCGACUACGCUUAUGAAUUUAAGGCCUUAAAUGCAUCUUCCAGGCAGGCUUAGGUUGAUCCCAUGCUUAUUUAAGUGACAUAUAAGACUACUUAGUCCAGUUACCUUAUUAUAGUGGUGAUGGGUUGAAGACGUCCAUAAGGCUUCCAGCAGUUGGUUUCAAAAAUACGAGUUCCCAUUGCCAACUGAAUUUUACCAUGUCGCAGUAUUCAAGCUCAUCUUCAAGUGUGGCAGCUAAUAUAGAUGCUAGAACUGCAUUUGACACAUUUUUUUGUUUUCUUUGUUUUGUGGAAAGCCACGUUGAAAUAAAUCAUGCCAUAAAACAUUACACGCUUUGUCUUUUAAGCUCUUCCAACUCCUGACUGUAGAACAGUAGUUAAAGAAUAAGAUUUACACAGCAUCACUGGUGAAGCUUCACUAUUAAAUUUUAUUUUUAAAAUCGUAUAUGUUGCAAAUGAAUUUUAGGGACAGAACAAAAGUGUUGAAAUAGAACUUUUACAUGUAAAUUGUCAAGCGGCAUUCAACAUCAAAAAUAAAAAUGGUCAAAUUAUUGGAUGUUGUUUUAAAAGAUUUCAUUUAAAAUUCUGACACACUUUUCAGUUUGCCCUUCAAAAAAA